AUGGCGGAGACUGAGACGUUUGCUUUUCAGGCUGAGAUUAACCAGCUUCUUAGUUUGAUUAUCAACACUUUCUACAGCAACAAGGAGAUCUUUCUUCGUGAGCUCAUCAGUAACUCCUCCAAUUCGGCUUACUCGAUUGCCAAGAAAGUUGUUGUUACCACAAAGCACAACGAUGAUGAGCAGUAUGUGUGGGAGUCCCAAGUUACUGGAUCGUUCACUGUCACCAGGGAUACCUCUGGGGAGAGAUUUGGUAGGUAUACUAAGAUGACCUUUUUCUUGGAGGAACACCAGCUCAAGUACCUCGAGGAGCGCCGCCUCAAGGACUUGAUUAAAAAGCACUCUGAGUUCAUUAGCUAUCCUAUUUCCCUGUGGAUUGAGAAGACUGUCGAGAAAGAGAUUUCCGACGAUGAGGAUGAGGAUGAUAAGAAGGAUGAAGAAGGUAAAGUCGAGGAGGUAGAUGAGGAAAAUGAAAAGGAAGAGGAGAAAAAUAUCAAAACGGGAGACAUUAAAUAAUUGAGUGAUGAAUGG